AUGCGCCGGCCUUACGUAGAGCCAGGUCACCGCUCUGCCCGUCCCGGUAUCCGUCAUCGCACUCGAUCCAACGGACCCGAUCGCAAGGGCCGCGAUCCAACCACACUCGCAACAGCCGGCCGCCAGGCACGACUCGCCAGCGAGGGUGAGACGGAUCAAGAUGACUUUUACAGCGAUGACGACGAGCAAGGCUUUGUCACGCAGACCGACGAGAACGCCGUCACCGCCAACGAGGACAUCGACGGCGAGGAGGAAGAAGACGAUCUCCUCGACGACAAUCUCCUCGACGACGAGCGUGCGGAGGAAGAAGAUCGCUCGGUCCGUUCCGCUACUCGAUCUCGGCCAGCGCCUGCGAUCCGCGGUGCUCACGUCGUAGAGCAGGACAAUGAAGAUGACGGCGACGAUGACGAUGAUGACCACCGCGGUCUCCGCACGCCGCGCAACCAGAGCAGGAGCAACCUCACAGCCACACCUCGCAGCCGCCCUCGUGCUUACUCGCGCUCCAAGAAGCUUGCACCCGAAGAAGAAGGCUGGGCAGUCCAGAGCGAAGAAAAGCGUCGCAAAGGCGGAGUCCUUGGAAGGCUCAAGCGUCUUGGUCGCAAGCCAAAGGACUCCGACGAUUCCGUAGGCCAGUCGCGCGAAGGCGCAAACGCCGACCUCGUUCUGGGCCGCUCCUACGGCGCAGUCCGCGAACUUCGUAGUCGCAAGAGCUUUUUGGGUCGCAGGCCUGACUCGACGGCCUCGAGUGGCACACGUGAUCGAGCUAUCUUUCGACGAGGUGCGGCCACCGCUGCCGUCUCCUCGGGCGUGGCAGCUGCCGGCACCAACCGAUCCUCUGGUCUCGGUAGCAGUCGAAGCAACUCUGGCCGCGGCGGCUUUGACGAUGACUUUGGCAGUGACCUCGGCACCGCCCGUCCCAGCUCCCGGAUCCGUGCACGAAGGCCUCCUUCCGACAUCGCCAGCGACGAUGGAUCGGACCUGGUCGCCCCCAAGCAAGCCCAAGUCGAGACCUCGGACGUUCCUCCUCGCAUCCCCACUCCGAUCGCUCUACGUGAUGCCGAGAAUGCCCGCUCUCCUCAGAUUGUAGACCCUUUUGCAGAGCCCGUGGCUAGCGACCCGCACGCACGCUCCAAGUCCCUGGCAGAGAGCGUGCAGCCCAGCGUUCUCGAGGGCAGCGAUGCCGCUUCGGUAGUGCCGCCUUCGUCCCCUCUGAUCCCCCUCUCUGGUCCACUCAGCCACAACGACGCCAUCGUCCCCAGUCAACGUGCCUCGAUGCAGUCGAUCAGAGACCAUGAGAUCGACGAAGAGACCAUGUCCAGGUCUCGAAAGCCAAGCAUGGAUCUGCGUGCCGCUGCCGGAAGUGCGCUGGGUGGUCUCGCCGCCAUGAUCGGCUUUGACGCCCUUCGCGAAAGUAAGAACGGCCUUCCUCCCAAAGAAGACCCUCUCUCCUCCGGUUUGGGUCUCGCCGACGAGGACGCUACUCAAAAUGCAGCUGCAGCAUCGACGACCUCUAUCAACACGGCUAUCCCUAGGACUCCGCUCGAAUCCGCCACAACCACAUCGGACACCACCCUGCUCCCCAGGAGGAACCGUCGCAAGGGCAGCAAAGCCUCUGUGCUGACGGGUGCCACCAACGAAGAGGCCAAGCCUGCAGCUGUUGCUGGCCAAGAAGCAGCCGGAGCUGCCUCGGAGCUGCCGUACGUCGUCGAUGACGAGGCUGCUGCGGACCGCUCGAAGCCUGCACCUGCCAUUGCUGCGCCAUUGGCACUCGGCGCCGGUCUUGGCGGUCUCGCUGCGGCUGCUACCGGCACCCCAACAGACGCCAACGACGGACAGAAGGUCAAGAGCAAGAAGAGCAAGAAGAACAAAAAGAAGAGCCGAGCUCUCGACGACAACCAGCCUGUGCUCGUGGUCGACAAUGUCGCGCCAGAAGCUGACGAUCUUCAGGAGGCUGAUGCGGCGCAGCAGGAGCGAACGGUUCCAGUGUCAGAAGCUAUCGCCGUGCCCGUCGCCAUCGGCGGGGCCAUGCAAACUCGAGACUUUGGUGCUGCACCCUCUGUGACCGACGGCUCUGAGCUUGCAAUGGCCGACGAUGAAGCCGGACCACCUUCGGUCGUGGCGCCGCUGAACGAGAAGAGCGGAUACACCCAACGGGACCUUCCAGCUGCAGCUGCGCCCAUAGCUGGUGCUGCCAUCGUCGCUGGUCGAAAGGCUAAACCAACCAAGAUGGCCAAAGGCAGUCGUGGUGUCGAGAAGCUCCCGUCCGUCCACGAAGAUGGGCCGCUCCAUCGUCGCAACAUUCCUCCUCCAGACAAAGGUCGAUACCUGCUUACGCCCAGUGUCGCUCCUAGCGUUGCCGAUCCGCUGGAUGCCGGACGCAAUCGUCUCGCAAGCUCCAAAGGCGAUUGGCUCACAAAGGAUCUGUCGCCUCAGCAAACGCACUACUUCCUGCGCGAACUGUCGUUGCGAGAGCUCCGUUGGGAGCUCGACCGUGCAUGGCUGCUGACUAGCUUCGAGAAGCCGCAGCGUCCGACUCGACGUGUUCGAAAGGACUUCUCCGACGUCGAAGACGAUUCGCGCAUCAAUGACUUUGACGAGUCCUCCGACGAAGACCUGCUCGCUGUCGACGAAGACGAAGACGAGGAAGCCGUCUUCCGACGCGGUCAACAGCCGCUCGGCGGGCUCUACAACCAGCCCAGCAUUCCGGAUCUGCCGCUGUUGCGCUUCCUCUUCAAGAACGCCUUUUGCACGUUCCCGCUCUUCGUCGCUCCCGAGGACAAGGUGGACCAGUACGUCGGCGGACCACCGGACAAGGCUACGCUUGCGCGCACUUACUUCUUUACCGGUGUUCUUCCCCUCCUGCGUGCGAUCCAGUCGCGUUCACUGAGCGCCUGGGUCGACCGUCACGGCGAAGGCGACGGAACGCCGUUCAGCGCCGUGUCCACCACGGGUUCGCUGCGAUACCUACUGACCAAGUGGGCUUCCCGCUACAUCACUGCUGUCUUGCGAGUCGGUCCCGGCGAUCCUUACCUCGAUGAUGAUGAGUCAGUCGGAAAGGAAUCUUGGCCUUGGCCGGCAUCCAACCUCUUGCCUCCCGAAGCCUAUUACGCUUUCCGCAAGCCAUUGGACAGGCUCAAGUACGGAGGCUAUGAAGUCGACCUGGUGGGCAUUCGCAAGCACAGCGUUAGCGAGAGAGACUACAUUAUCCGUCUUCGACGCCCCAACGCGCCCGACCAGUACGUGGUGCGCAACGACCACGACUUUGAAGAAUUCCGUCGCAACCUCUCCAAAGACCUAAGCCCCUUUGCCUUUGUCAAGCAUCUGCCUCGCACACGAGGUCGCCCCGACGAGGGGGAGAGCGAUGUCGAGGAUGGGAGCCCGUACGGAUCCGAGCGUUCUGCCCGAUUCAACGCGGCCGGCUUGGGCUCUGCUGCGCCGUACAAGUCAAAUGGAUCUCGUCGCAACUCGUCCGAAGGCAGAGUUUUGCGUGGAGGUGGACGCGAUGGCCGAAGGCGGUACAGCUCUGCUAUUCGCGAUGGCCGUCCUGUGUUGGGUCGAGACCGGGACACUCUUUCAGAGGACGAUAGCCAGGCCUUUGAGGACACAGCAGACGAGCAUUUAUCUGAUGAGGAAGACCGCUCUGAUGCAACCCUCCAACCUGGGCGUGGUCCUUCGCGUGCAGGGGGACGUGAGGCUCAGAAUGGAGGCAAGGCUCGUCAAUCCUUGCUCGACAGGGGCAAGGGCUCAUUGCGCCGACUCACGGGCAAGGAAUCGCAGCCAAACUCGCGCAAUAGCUCGCUUCGACGCAAAAACGGUCCGGUGGGCUCUCAGCGCAAGCCAGCUGCUAGGCGUGCUCCCCCUCCUCCAGCGGCUGCUGCUGCUGCUCGACCGGAACGCGGUAACGGCUCGCUGCGUCGACCGCCAGCGGCUGGUGCGAUGGACUUUGAAGCCCGACGCAACAAGCUGAGGAGUUGGCUGCGCGACACGCUCUCCAUCCGCGAGUCUGGCCAUGCCAACGAGACGCAGAAUUUCCUCACGAUUGGCGGAUUUUCCGAACGCGAUCUGCGACGCGGCGACUACGACGACAUCCAGGAACGACGCAGGGAGGACAGGCACCGUCGACAGGAGCACGAGCGCGAUGCUGCCGAGGCGGGCGACGACGUGCACGACCUGCGCGAGGUGCGCGACGACCUCUGGUUCGACUGUGUCGAGGGUGACGGCUUCCUCAAGAUGUACGAUGCGCUGCGCGAAACACCGGACUACGCGCGACUGCCGUUGGAGUACCAGAAGAUGGUCUCGUGGGGUAAUCUGCAGGUUGCACGCUGGCUGUAUGGCGUGUUCGUCGCAGGAGACGAGUCUAGGGCCAACUUGGCGAGGGUGCAGGACGUGUACGAGUCAAUCCCGUGGAAGAAGUUGGCGUUUGCGAUGAAGUCGCCCGUGGCGCAGAUGAUGCGUUCCUGGAGGGAACAGUUCCUGCGACGUGGGUUCUUGCAAUCGAUGCUGCACGUUAUGCUCGAGGAUGAGCCCGAGACGAUCGAAGAAGACUUGCUCGAGCUGCGACGAACCAUCGGCUCCGAGGUCAUGUUCCAGAAGCUGCGCGUCUUUGUCGACUCGCCCGACGAUCUCAAGCGUCUCAUUCGACAGCACGCCGAGGCGGCCGAGGUGCCCCUGGUUGCGGCGAUAGUGCGUGGUUCGGAGCAGCCCAAGCUCAACAAGAUCGAAGUACAGCGUGUCAUGGAUGCGACCGACUCGUACCAGGCGUUUAUGAAGACGCUGCCCUCGAUCACAAAGAAGAACAACCACAAGGAACCGGGUUACCGUCUGAUCGUCGAUCUGCAGCGGGCGCUGCGUCUGCUCUCGCUGCAGCGCGAUGGCGCGCAGGUGCGAGGGAUGCUGCAGGAUCCUGUGAUCGCCGAUGCGCUCUCAACCGUGUUCGAGCCCCUGAUGGAGGAGGUGAGGCGGUUGCACAAGACCAAGGGCGUGGGCAAUGCGGUGUUGGAUCUUCAGGCGUUCCUGGGACGGCUGUUGGACCAUCUGACGGGCUUGCGUGCACGUGUGAUGGACCCGCUGCACGCAGUCAAUGGUAUUGCCGAGUUGCUCGACGAUGCUGCACCGAGCUGGUACAGGUUCCUCAGGUCGGCGUCUGACGCUACACCCACUGUGUUUAGCUUCUUUGCGUGGUUCCGGCACCUGGCCAUGACAGUGGGUGCGGGCACGGAGGAUCUGGCGCAGAUCUGGACAAACCCACCCACCGCGCCUGUGAUAGAGGACGAUAGCGCGUCCGAGGGCGACCGUCUAUCGGUCGAUCCAGACCUCAUGCCUGACUAUGAAGGUACCCUGGACCCGGCGACGAUGCGCGAUAUCAACUCGUUGGCCGAGCAUGGACGUAGGAAGCGAAAUCGCCAGAUGGAGGUGGCGUGCCGAUGGGCGGCGGGCGAUACGGAGGAGCACCAUCCCAUUCAGGUGCAGGGCGAUGGAAGGGGUAAGACUCGAACGGAUAUGUACUUACCGAGGGAGACGAGACCGGCGAGGAGGGCGCCUGGUCUGGACAGGUUUAGGAAGUCGUUCCGCGAGGCGGUCUCGAGUGCGCUUGCUCGUUGA